CAUCAUAAAUUGAGCUCUCCAAUCAUAUAAGAAAUCCAUCACAUAGCAGGACUACGAGAAUCAGUACAUUACCAAAAUUUUAUCAAAAAACCGAAUUUUGAGACCUGAUAGGUGAAAUAGACAGUGAGCAGCCACUUGGACAAAUAACCACACAAAUGAACACAACAUAUAUAAAUGCACACACAAGGCUUAGGAACAAUAAUCUAUCAGACCAAAGUUGGGAGCCUGACUGAAGACUAUGGCUACCACAAUUGCAGAACUUCUGCAACUUCCACUAACACUUACAUUAGUUCUAGCUUGUCUUCUACCACUUCCUCUCUGUUGUUACCUGUUUCUAAAGAAGCAGAAGCCAGUAGGGUUGCCUAAUGGAAGUAUGGGAUGGCCUUUCUUGGGUGAAACCUUUGGCUUUCUCAAGCCACACAAGUCAAACUCUAUAGGCAGCUUCUUGCAGCAACAUUUCUCUAGGCAUGGCAAAGUGUUCAAAUCCCAUCUUUUCGGAUGUCCGACGAUAGUAUCGGGUGAUCUUGAACUUAAUAACUUCAUUCUGCUAAAUGAAGAUAGACUUUUCCAGAGCUACUAUCCCAGGUCUGUUCAAGAUAUUCUGGGGAAUUUGUCGUUGAUGCUUGUGUCCGGAGAACUUCACAAGAAACUGAGAACAGUAGCACUCAGCUUCAUUGCGAAUUCCAAGUCAAGUCCUGACUUCCUCCGUUAUGUAGAGAAUUUGACAAUCUCUGUUAUGGACUCUUGGAAAGGAUGUCGGGAGAUUCACUAUGCCAAAGAGGCAAAAAAGUUCACAUUAUUUGUGAUGUUGAAGAAUUUGUUGAAUAUUGAGCCCGAGGAGCCACUAGCUUCACAAAUGCUAGAAGACUAUCUUAGCUAUAUGAAGGGACUUGUAUCAUUGCCACUUUGUUUUCCAGGCACACCCUAUGCCAAAGCCCUGAAGGCUAAAGCAAGAAUCUCAAGGAAUAUCAGAGAAAUUAUAGCCGAAAGGAGAAAGAAAGAGGGACCUAAAAAGGGGGACUUUUUGGAUGAGAUGAUGAAUAAAAGAUCAGAAGAGUUAAAUGAUGAAGAAAGAGUGAGUAUAGUGAUGGACCUUAUGUUUGCAGGUUAUGAAACAACUGCAGGGCUUCUGUCCCUACUUCUCUAUUAUCUUGCCCAAGCACCAGAAGCACUUGAACAACUAAUGCAAGAACAUCAAACUCUCACCAAAUCAAAGAAGCCUGGAGAUCCCAUAAGUUGGCGAGAUAUUCAGCAACUCAACUUCAAUUCACAUGUAGUAAAUGAAACUUUGAGGUGUGGGAAUCUAGUGAAAUUUGUGCACAGAAGAGCUUUACAAGAUGUAAAAUUUAGAGAUUAUCACAUUCCCAGAGGCUGGCAAGUACUUCCGGUUUUUACAGCAGUACAUCUGGAUCCAUCUCUGCAUGAGUCGCCCUCUGAUUUCAAUCCCUGGAGAUGGAACGAUGAAGCAAUUAAUAGAAAGGUAAAUCCUUUUGGUGGUGGAACAAGGCUUUGUCCCGGGACUGAAUUAGCCAAAUUGGAGGCAACUAUCUUCCUUCAUCAUCUUAUCCUCAACUACAGGUGGAAGCUGAAGGAAGACGAUGAUUUCCCGCUUUCUUACCCAUAUUUGGAAUUCAGUAAAGGUUUAGAACUUGAAAUACAGCCAACAGAGAACAGCAGCUAAUUAAGCAUUCUAGAUGCCACAUAACUGUACAUAACAGCUACAAGGUAUAAACAUGCAGUCGCACAACAUAAGUUAUAUGCAAGGAUAAAACUUAUAUUCAGUUAAUAUGUCCACCACAAGUAACCUAAAAAGAGGCUUUCAGAAUGAGAUGGAUCAGAUAUAGUUAAUAUUUUCCUUUUAUAAAAAAACAGUUAAGUGAUCAAAAGUUUCACAAAACUAUAAAAUCAAAAUUAAAACCCUCUCAUAUAACAAUAGUUUCUAUAGUAUAAAGCUCGGGAAUCAUUUAAUCAUUCCGAUAUGUUUUGAAGGGAACUCUUAACUGUAGAGUAAAAGUAAGCUAGAAAUUCGAAAAAAUGCCUGCAUAGGUGGUCAUGAAUCCUUAUUCAAAAAAACUGUUCAACAAAGUUUUUUUUUUUUUUUUGCUAAAUCAACAAAGAAUUUGUGGGUUGUACAAAAAGCACAGUAUCAGGGUAGUACACAAGUUCAAAAAAUAACAGAAGGCAA